AUGAAUUCGCCCGUGUCCAACGUGGCUGGAAAGAGUGGCAGGCGAGGCUCCGCCUUGGCUCCCUGGUCCUGGGCGAGGUGUGCGGGAGAGGGCGCCUCGGCCCCAGACGCAAGCGCUGCCAUGGCUGCGCGAUCUGUCACUCUCGGCAUCGACUUGGGCACCACGUCUGUGAAGGCGGCCUUGGUGGAGGCCUCACCGGGUGACCCUUCCGGGUUCGUGGUACUGGCGAGCUGUGCACGAGCUGCGCAGGCCGAGACGGCGGCCCAGAGCGCGGCGGCCGGGUCCCAGGGGCAAGAGCAGGAUGUGAGGAGAAUCGUCCAGGCCCUGCACACGUGCCUUGCUGCCCUUCCCCAGCAGCACCUGAGGAAGGUCUGUGGCAUUGGAGUGUCAGGACAGAUGCAUGGAGUCGUGUUUUGGAAAACAGGCCAAGGCUGUGAAUGGACAGAGGGAGGGGCCGCCCCUGUGUUCGAGCCCAGAGCCGUGAGCCACCUGGUCACAUGGCAGGAUGGCCGGUGUAGCAGCAAGUUUCUGGCUUCUCUGCCCCAGCCAGAGUCCCAUCUCAGUGUGGCCACGGGCUUUGGGUGCGCAACCAUCUUCUGGCUUUUGAAAAAUAGCCCAGAAUUCCUGAAGUCCUAUGAUGCAGCUGGUACCAUCCAUGACUACGUGGUCGCCAUGCUGUGUGGCUUGACAAGACCUCUGAUGUCCGACCAGAAUGCCGCUAGCUGGGGAUAUUUCAACACCGGGAGCCAACGCUGGAACUUGGAGAUACUGAAGGCUGCAGGCUUUCCUGUCCACCUGCUCCCGGAUGUCGCAGAGCCUGGCAGCAUAGCAGGCAGAACUUCCCGAACGUGGUUUGAAAUCCCAAAGGGGACGAAGGUGGGCGUGGCCUUGGGUGAUUUGCAAGCCUCUGUCUAUUCCUGUAUGGCCCAAAGGACAGACGCAGUUCUCAACAUCAGCACCUCAGUUCAGCUGGUAGCCUCCAUGCCUCCAGGAUUCCAGCCGGUGCAGACUCCAGACCCCACGGCUCCAGUCACCUACUUCCCCUACUUCAACAGGACCUACCUGGCGGUGGCCGCGUCCCUUAAUGGGGGCAACGUGCUGGCCACAUUCGUCCACAUGCUGGUCCAGUGGAUGGCGGAUCUGGGCCUGGAGGUUGAAGAAUCCACUGUGUACUCACGCAUGAUCCAGGCAGCUGCACAGCAGAGAGACACCUGCCUAACCAUCACACCCACCGUAUUGGGCGAGAGGCACCUGCCGGACCAGCUGGCCUCAGUGACCAGAAUCUCCUCCUCUGACCUCUCCCUGGGGCACGUGACCCGGGCGCUGUGCAGAGGCAUCGUUCAGAACCUGCACUCAAUGCUUCCGUUCCAGCAGCUUCAAGCGUGGGGCGUGGAACGAGUGAUCGGCAGUGGGAGCGCGCUGUCCAGGAACGAGGUGCUGAAGCAGGAGGUGCAGAGGGCUUUCCCUUUGCCAGUGGCCUAUGGGCAGGAUGUAGACGCAGCUGUGGGGGCCGCUCUGGUCAUGCUCCAGAGAAACCUUAACCAGCAGGAGUCUUAGCACCCUCAUUGGUGGAAAAACUGUUGCCAAUUUUAUCUGAUUCGUAUUGCGGAUGUGAUCUUGGGGUCAUCCUUUUCCUGGACCGCUCUGUGGGGAGUUUUUAAGCAAUGCUUGUUCUCAGGGCAUCAUUUUGACCAUGAACCAAGCUUCAGGGCCCACGCUAAUAAUGCAACCAGGAGUCACCAAGCAGAUCUCAAAUCAGUGCCUUCUGAAAGAGACUCACCUGGGAGCUGGUUGCGAAAGUAAAUGUGGAAAAAGGAAAGGGGUCGGGGGAGAGAGGGAGAAAGAGGGAGAAAGAGGGAAGAAAGGAAAAGGCACAGUAGCCCAGCAUCCUUGUCAGCAGGGUCAUCUGUGAUUCACCUGUAGACGGUGAAAAUAAAUGUGGAUUUUAGACACCAAAAUUGUCUGGUGGCUGUGGGCUCCAAGUAAGAACAGAAGACUUGAUCCCCUUUGUCCAGCUUUUGGAGUGAUUGUUUUGAAGAACGUGGAGCCUGGACUUCGGUCACAGGUGCCAUUGGAAAAGUCUUCCUCUCUAGACUGUACACCUGAGGCCCCUUUUCCAAUCUCGUUUUUCUCUGGCCAUGGCUGGUUAGCCAGGGUGCCCCAAGGACAGUGAUGCAGGCUGGCUGGGUUGAAGAUGCAGCCGUCUGUGCUGGCCUUCGUGCCACGUACUUCUCCUCCAUCUGCGCCAGAUCCUCCCAACCCAGCUGGCUUGGAGGCAUGAACAGCGAAGGAAAGGUGGAGUGUGACCAGCAAGGGGGACAGAUGCUGCUUGGCCUCACCAUUCAGGCAUGUUUUUCCCAAUAGUCUGACCAGGACCCUCUUCCAGGAGUAUAUCUGUGCAUGUCCCUGGGACGCCUUCCAAGGGAAGGGAUGCAGCCAGUGUGACUGAGAAAUAAACCUUUCAUGUUUGAGGCUGCUGAGAUUUGGGGGGGCUGUUCGUUAUCACAGCAUAACUUAGUUCAUCCUGACAUUUGCAGCCACGGUAGAGAAGCCUGAGAAGUCUCAACUGCCCUCAGCACCGACCCAGACAAUUCACAUUUAUGGCGCAUCUCCUGGGACCUGGGUGUUCUAUCAGGCAUGGGGAUGUGUUUGUGGAAUUUCCAUCACUAGGGAAGGAAAUAAAUUCUAUAUCAGAUUUGCCCACAC